ACAGCAAGUGUGGCUUAAGGGUCCAGAAAUGCCUAAAUACUUCUUGGGGCCAAGGUAGUCAUGCAGCGAUCUUCAGAAUAAUGUAGUAUGUAUUGAAAAGAGAAAAUCAUGAAACAGUGAGUGGGUUUCUUUGCAUAUGCUAUUCAUACACCCAUUUACCAGAAGAAGUGCACUGUUUGUAUUUAUAGUGCAUUGUAUUUGCAUGCGAUAACAUUUUUUCUUUUCUGCACUUCCUAUUUUUGCUUCUAGAUGAAGUGGAAAGUGUGAGGAGAUUUACAGCUUCCCCAUUUAUGCAGACUUGGCCCUUUGUAAACACUUAUCAGUGGGAAGUCACACAAUAAAUAACAGUAGAGACUAAUGAACACACUAUGAACACAGACAGAGGAGAGCAACAAGCAGCCAUAUUCAUCUGCAUAGCUGGAUGAGGAAAACCCACAGGAAUAGCACUGUACAUAUAUGAAGAUUGGCAAUGGGAGGUGCUCUGACAAGCCAAAGAACCCCAGAGGAUUUCAGACAAACUCAAAAUAAUGAAGACCUUCUACCAAGAGUGCAUGACAAUGACACAGCAGUAGUGUUGGAUAAUUACCCUCCUCCUGAUAUCUGUGAGCCCAUAUUUCAUAAGGGAGAGUGGCUGAAAGUAGUGUCUGAGGAAGGGUACUGGUGGAAGGUCUACUCAGUCCAAACUAAAGAAGUGAACUAUAUACCACACUGUCAUGCAGCAAAGGUCUACCAUGGCUGGCUGUUUGAAAAUGUGGCCAGACCAAAGGCUGAAGAGCUGCUUCGUCUCCCAGGAAACAGAGUUGGGUCAUUCAUGAUCAGAGAGAGCACAAAAGGUAUGUACACCUUGUCUGUGCGCCACAGAUCCAUUAAGCAUUAUCGAAUAGUUCGGAUGCCAAACAAUUGGUAUUUCAUCUCUCCACGCCUCACUUUCCAAUGCCUGGAAGACCUGGUCAACCACUACUCUGACAUAGCAGAUGGGUUGUGUUGUGUUCUAACUGGCCCGUGUUUGACUGUUUGUGAAACAACUCUUAAUCAGCUCUCUCCAACUGCAUCUGAUGGGCGAAAACGCUCCUUUGACUGGAAAGCAGUGAACAGCUCAGAGCUAAUGUACCAGAGUACAAGCCCUUCCUCUGCUAACCAAGAUACAGCGCUCAGCUACGGGGUUCAGAAUAGUGUCUCCUCCUACAUGUCCUUGAUAGGAGAGCAGGAGAAACCAGAGAGAAAAAAAUUUAGCUUCAAGAAAAAGAGGUGGAGGUCUGUCUAUAUGCUGCCUGACCAUCGGCUUGACAGUUUGGUCACUGAGGAAGACAGCUAUGAGGAGGUGCAUUGACAAAUCAAUGCAGGUUCACUGAUGGAGAUUAAAUACUAAAAUAAUGAUUUACAGAAAAUUUUGCUUAACAGUCGUGGUCACCAUAGACUUGCAUUGGAUGGAAAAGGGCAGCUUGGACAUUCUGCCACACACACACACACACACACACACACGUUUCAUGUUUUAUGGGGACUUUCCAUAGACAUAAUGGUUUUUAUACUGUACAAACUUUAUAUUCUAUCCCCUAAACCUAACCCAACCUCUAAACCUAAACCUCACAGAAAACUUUUUUUACCUUUUCAAAAAUCAUAAUUUAGUAUGAUUUAUAAGCUGUUUUCCUCAUGGGGACCGACAAAAUGUCCCCACAAGGUCAAACAUUUCGGGUUUUACUAUCCUUAUGGGGACAUUUGGUCCCCACAAAGUGAUAAAUGCUCACACACACACACACACACCAGUUAUUAGGCAAAUUGUAUUCCUCAGCAUUCAUUUUAUUGUUGAACAAACACAAUGCUCUCAUUCAAUCCAAAAUGUUAUUGAACCUCAAACUUGAAUGUUUAACAAAAGAAAAAGUGAGUUUUGUCUUUCUUAGGGGAAUAUAUAAGUGUGCACAAUUGUUAGGCAACUAUUAGUGUGCACAAUUAUUAGGCAACUAAAUUACAAAAAUAAUUUCUCCCAUCUCAAUUGUUUAUUCUCAAUUUUUAGAGUAGGUGCAACAAAUAAGUAACACAAAAUGACAAUUAAAUAAUUACUGGCCUUUCAAAAAUAUUCAGUGACCAAUAUAGCCACCCUUCUUUUCAAUAACUGCCAUGAGCCUUCAAUCCAUGAAGUCUGUCAGUUUCUUGAUCGGUUCACGAUCAACUUUCACUGAAGCAGCAACCACAGCCUAACCAAAUGCUGUUCAAAGGAUUUGAACCUGUACCACUGCUUGAAGAAAGUACUUUCCAGAAACUGGCAGUAGGUUUGAGAGUUGAGUUUCAGUCCAUCUUCAACUCGAAAAGGUCCACCUACCUCAUCCUUAAUGAUAGCAGCCCAUACCAGUACCCCUCCUCCACCUUGCUGGCACCUGACUCGAAGUGGUGCCCUGUCACCAUUAGUGAUCCAGCCAAAGGCCCAUCCAUCUGGUCCAUCAAGAGUCACUCUCAUUUCAUUUGUCCAAAAUACCUUUGAAAAAUCAGUGUUCAUGUAUAUCUUUGCCCAAUCUUGAAGCUUCAACAAAUAUAUUCAGCCUUCUUGACUUUGGUCAUGUCUCUGAGUACUUGGCACCUUGUACUUCUGGACAGUACAGGUAGGUUGCAGUUCUGGAAUAUGGUUGCAUUGGAGGAUGCGUGAACGUUUAAUUCUUCUCAAGUCUUUUGCAGUUCAUUUGCGCCUUUUCUUCUCCAUGCGUUGUUUUCGCACUAUUCGCAACAAACGUUUGAUUGUCCGGUGGUCACGCCUCAGUAGUUUAGCUAUUUCAAGAGUGUUGCAUCAUUCUGAAAGGCAUUUUACAAUAUUUGACUUUUCAGUGUCAGUUAAAUCUCUUUUUUGGCCCAUUUUACCUGAGGUAAUGAAGCUGCCUUAUAAUUAUGCACACCUUGUUAUAAGAUGUUAGUCACUUUCACCACACCCUCCCUCAUUACACAAAUACAUACAACCUGAAAAUGAUUAAAUCCAAUAAGCAUUCAAGUUCACAUGGUUUGGAGUUGUAAAAUGUGCAUGGAAAUAAUGAUAAGAUCAGAAUACUCACUUGCCUAAUAAUUGGGCACAAAGUGUAAUAUAUAUAUAUAUAUAUAUAUAUAUAUAUAUAUAUAUAAUUGAUGUUGAUGUUUUACAAAAGAAUAAAGUCAUCUGGCUUUCAAAAGACAAGAGGGUAAAAUAAAUGAGGACAUC